CGCAUCUUUUUUGGCACUACGUAUCCAUUUUUUUGUGCUUAUCACGCCUAUACAACCUACUACGUCCUCCCCUUCCCCAAUUAAUGUUUCGUAUUCGUAAUAACACCGCCACAACUAUAGCCGCUGCCACAACGCGUCGUCGCUUCAAGCAUUCACUCGUACAAUUCAAUAAUGCCAAUGUCCAUCGUUUCGGCACCAAAGAACCAACACUUGAAAACUUGACCCUAAACAUCAACAGCGACCAACGACUUGUCAUUGUGGGAUCGGUGGGUGCGGGUCGCUCCACACUUGCUGAGGCACUUGCAGGUCGUCUUCAAAUCCAACCAUUGUCAGCAGCAAAAUGGCCUGUAGUGGAAAACACAACUUUUCCUUCAAAACAUAUUAAGCUCGUUUCAUUCAAAGAAGAUUCCGGUGCUUUUUCAUACAGCGGUCAUUAUUAUCAAGAGCGGUUCAAUUUUAGUGAUCCUGACAAUGAUGUGACACUGGCGCAUUAUCUUGGAAAGGAUGCAGAUCCAAAAGCACUGGCUCAAGUGACAGAAAAGCUCAAUCUUGCUCAUUUGAUGCCCUUGUCAUUUGUCAAGCUGUCCAAUGGCCAAACGCGUCGCGCACGAAUCGCACGUGCUCUCCUACGCAGACCUGCCAUGUUGAUCUUGGAUGAACCCCUGAUGGGUUUGGACGUGCAGCAUCGUGCCAAAUUACUUGAAACGCUCGGCGAAUUGGAUACACCCGUUGUCGUUGUUUUACGGCCACAGGAUGAAUUCCCUGCGUGGGCAACAGAUGUCGUUGCGAUGAAAAACCUAGCGAUCGAAUGGACCGGUAAACCAGCAGAAUACCUUGCAAAACGCGACAAGGCUAAACAGCAAGACGAACAAGAACGUGAAGCCUAUCGCCAAAAGAUGCUGGCGCAAGAAAAACAGACGCACCAUAAAGAAGAAAAGAAACCAUCGGUGGUUGAGCUCAAAGAUGUCAAUGUGGUUUACAGUGGCAAUAAGAUCCUGGACACUAUUUCAUGGACUGUGCGUCAAGGCGAACGAUGGGCUUUAUUGGGUCCCAAUGGCUCGGGCAAAACAACCUUAUUGUCCUUCCUGACCGGCGAUCAUCCACAAGCCUAUGCAAACGAGCUCUACCUAUUCGGUCGUCGUCGUGGUACCGGCGAAUCCAUCUGGGAAAUCAAGCAACGCGUCGGUUUGGUGAGCCCUGAAAUCCAUUUGUAUUUCAAUCAGACCAUGACAGCUUUGGAAGCAGCGGGGACAGGGUUCUUUGAUGUGGUGGUGCCUCGCUCUUUGUCGGACGAGCAAAUCACCACUGUCAAACGAUUGUUUGAUGAUUUUGGGUUGCAGUCGUUUGUCGAUCGACGCUUGCGAGACAUGUCUUCUGGCGAGCAGCGAAUGGUUUUACUUAUUCGAUCACUUGUGAAAAUGCCAGAGCUUAUUAUCUGGGACGAGCCUUUCCAGGGUUUGGAUGACAAGAUGAUCAAGAGUAUCAACAAGUGGUUAGAGGAACAUAUGAGACCGGAUCAAUCGCUUAUCCUGGUCACGCACCACGAAGAUGAAAUUCCACGCGCUGUUGUGAACCGCUUCAGGUUAGGUCCUGGAGGCAUUGCCGCAAAUUAGACAUCAUUAGAUGGCUGAGUAUAAGGAGAUCAAGUGUAUAUAAUGUUUUAUCCAAAUGUGUAUAUGAUAAAGAUAGAGAUAUCUACGAUGUUUGCAUCAUAAAAAAAAGAAACGAAAGGGAAAGAUAUGCCAGAUAUAAUACAAGAUAUGUAUGGUGUUGUAGUAGUAGUAGUAGUAGUAGUAGUGGUAAAGGUAAAGAAAGCAGCAAUAACGGUCAAAAGAAUGAAUGGAAAAUAAUAUGUACAUC